AACCAACUCCCCUCAGUUGUUGCUAGCUCGCUUCAGUCAGUCAUGAAUUAUCGUCGCCAUAAGACAUCAAGUCUCGGUCUAGGUCGUCGAAUUCUUCCCCAGCAGACUGGACCCGGUCAGCUAUCAAAACUGCCUUCUAAUUUAGGCACUUGCCUGAGUGUUUGAUCCUGCUUUUUGGGAAAGGAAUUCUACUCUUCCUUCGUCGUCCGUCUUCUGUUCCAAUCUUCCAAUCCCCGCGGGGGAAGCACCAGUUCUACUCCCGCAUGGCUUUCACUGCGCCAAUUGUCAGGUCAUGGUAACCCUCCACCGGGUUUCCCAUCAUACCGUCGCGACGCCGUUCUUGCAGCGUGGAAUACCAUCUGCCGCCAUGCAGAUUGCAAUCGUUGCUGACACCGCGGUCAGUCCAGCCUUAAGACUAGGUGCUCGCACAAUUGGGACCACCUUGGACCGUUCUGCACCGAGGAGGGUGUCCAGCGGCCUUGGUCGCUUCGAUCAGGUCGAUUCACUUCGCCUCACCGUAUCUUCCGCUCCUUCUAGAUGCAGCUAUCGCCGUGUGAGCUCCGCCUUAGUUCCGCGGAGGCGUGAAUCCAAGGAUCCGGGGGAGUUUCCGCCGAGAGAUGGCACGCGUGGCGUCGUGCUUGCGAGGGCAGUGGCGAAAUCCGGGUGGGGUAAACGGCGCAGCGUGACACCCCUACCGUGGCGGAAAUUCGAGUCGCGGAGAUCGUGCACGUUCCGACUCCCCAGUCUGGACAACACGGGAGGUAGAUCCCGACCGUUGCUCAGCCGAUCUUGGAGGGUGCGAGCCGGCGACUCGCCCGGAGGAUCAGGCACGGGCCUGAGUGAGGGCCCAGACGGUGAGGCGACGUAUGACGAGCGGAGGCGGGACGAGGAGAGGGGUGCGGAUGUCAGUGGGGACGAGAGCACUCAAUCGGCGGUGUCGCCUGCGAUCCACCGCAGUCCCCGUCGCUCUCCUCGCGGGGGGAGUGGUGUGGCUGCCGUGGGGAGCCAGGUAGCGCCUGAUAGCGGCACUAACAACCGCUGCCGCAGCAGCAGCAGCAGCAGCAGUGGCGGCGGUGAGAACAGCAGAUCUGGAAGAGGCGAGGGGGCUUUUGUAUCGGAGACUGAGGAUCGGAGCUCUUCCAUCGGGGAGGUUCCAUUGAGAAUUAGACAAAAGGAGGAAGAGUUUUCUGGCGCUACUGCCGCGAGCAGUGCCUGCAACGGUUCGGCGGUUGCCCGUGCGGGUGCCGAAGCACCCGAGGUGGAGUGGAAGGAUAACGCUCCGCGAUUACCGGGUGGAGUUGCGAGCGUUGCGGGAGAAUCAGCGUUUGAAGAACUGGCUUCGGAUGUUUCUAGAGCACGAGAUGCGGCGCUUGGGGAGGGGGGCAGCGGCGCAGACUGGUCAGGAAUUGUGGGAGAAGGACGCAAGGCGGGGUCGAACGCGAUGGACGGAGCAGGCUUUGAGGACGGGAGUACCCUGACUCUAGAGGCCAAUGCGUGGGAGGAUGGUGAGACGAGCGGGGCGGAAGAGAAGGAGCCGUGGGCUGACGACAGUGAGGUCCAUGAAAGCGUGGCGCUGGGUGGGGAUGGGGAUGGAGAGGCAGAAGGGAGACGCGUGGGGGAAGGAGGAGCAGGCGGAGGAGGAGGAGAACUGGGUGAGGAGGAGGACGGGCCUCAGUGGAGGGCUGCGGGGUCAUUCCCAGGUGCGGCGAUCGCAGGGCGGGUGAUGGAGGUGGACUGGGAGGAUGUAGCGCGCGCUGCAGUGCGGCGGGCCGUGCUGCUCUUCGUCAUUGCGCGCCACCUCUUCGCCUUCAUGCUCGCGUCUGUCGCCGCCCUGCCCGGCCAGCUGAGAAGAGCCUGGUGGCCUGAUGACGCUUUUGGCGCGGAGCGGGCAGGAGGAGGGAGCGGAAGUGAUGGGGAUGUGCGGGUUGCGAUCGCAGGGGGGGUAGCAGGGGGUAGUGGAGGUUUGGGUGGUGGUGGGGGAAGGGCGGACUUGCAUGGGUGGGAUCUGGAUUGGCGCGCUGGUGAGGGUAGCGGUAGUGGGUCUAGCGCCAGCAGGCGCGCCAGGAGCAGGGGUAGCAGAAGCAGGAGGAGCGGCCGGGUCACCGAGCGAGUAAACAUUGACUCUUAUCAGCCGCAUGCCACGGGCAUUUUUCAUCCUACCGAUACCACAGCUGCCGCACGGAAUUCGGUUAGAUCAGCGGAUUCCACGCGUACUACAGGUACUCCUGAUCCCAGUCACAUCCUUGUAUCCGCAGCAUCAGCUACCCAAGCCCCGUCUGCUUCGCCCACGAGCCCUCCUCCUGUUGCCGAACCGUCUUCUUCCUCAGCUUCCUCUGCUCGCGCUGAUUCCUCUGCAACCCUUCUCUCCCCCCCUGAAGCUCCCUCCUCGAAACCUUCGCGACUAUCACAUGUGGCAGCAGCAGCAGCAGCAGCAGCAGCAGAGCAGCCUCUGGUGGCUCCUCCGCUUUCAGCAAGUUUACCGGCCGGUGUGGGUGGAAGUGAGAGGAGUGGGCAGGGGACGCAGGGAGGUGCGGCAGGGGGGGGAGUCGUAGGAGCAGCGGCAGGGGGAGGUGGUGAUUUUGCAAGUGUGAGAGGACAAUCAGAGGGCAGUGGGAUGAGAGAAGGAGCAGAAGGGUCACUGCAAGCAGCGGGGGAGGAGGGGAAGAGGCAGCAGCAGGUGCCUAUAGAAGAAGCAGGGCCUAGACCUGCAGGUAGCGCUGGCGGGGAUGCGGGAGACUCGUCCAGUGAGGGGAGGACGGGGUCAGCAGGGACGGGGGCUGACGCAUCAGCAGAUGCAGACGGAGCAGCAGCAGCAGCAGCAGCAGCAGCAGCAGCAGCAGCAGCAGCAGCAACAACAGAAGGAGGGGCAGAGAGGAAGCGAGGGCGCGGCAAGGGCAGGCCGAGGCGGGCAGGAGCAGGAGGAGCAGAGGCGGGUGCAGCGGGGCGGGUGGAGGACGACGACCCGUGGGACGUGGUGAAGCGGUUCUGGAGCCAGCCGGCGGUGGUGAAGCUGCGCAUGUCCAUCACCAUGGCCAACCUCACCAUGGGGCUCCCCACCUUCCUCGCUCACGUACUGCCCUCCCUGCGCCAUGUACGGUGGCACAUGGUGCCACUACUGCACGACCUGUCGCUGCCCAUGCUGGCGCCCAUUCUCUUUGGGUCAGGCAUAGUCUUCAAGUCCGUUGUCAACAACCUCGGCAUCGUGCUGCCGCGGCUCGGCAUAGCGGUGGUGCUGCUGUGGGUGCUGUGGGGGUGCAACUGCGUGCUGCAGCGCGCCAUCACCAAGACAGCGGAGCGCCGCCUCGUGGACCGCAAUGUCAAGGACGUGCUCGUGCUCGCAGUCGAAAUCACGAUGACAGCAGCAGCAGUGGUCACUGUACUCUCAAGUGUGGGCAUCCGCAUAUCAGCUCUGGUUUUGCCUCUCUUCGUUGUAACUGCACUUGCAGGAAAGGACCUUUGGCACAACUACUUUGGUGGCUUCUUUCUUUUUGCUGCCCGGCCAUUCCGGGCAGGUGACACGCUUGCCCUGCACUGCUCGCUCUCGCCCUCCGCCCCAUCGACACCCUCGGCCCACGUGUCGGUGGGCACUGGGUGGUUUGAGGGCGUGUGUGAGUCCGUCGACCUGCGAUUCACUGUCAUCCGAUCCGGCACGCUCCGCCUCUUCGUGCCCAACUCCCGCUUCCUCUCCCAUGAGUUUGUUGUCCUUGACACCUCGCCCCUCAGCAAGACCCCCUUCUCCCCCCCAAUCCCCUCCGCACCCAGUUUCCCCCCUCGCCGGUCGCCCUCCCCCUCCCCUCCGCCCUCGCCCUCGUCCCACUCCUCACUCCUCAGCUUCGCCCCUUCCUUCUCCCGUCGCAAGGCCAGCCCCAGCGGAGAAAGGAGCAAAGUUGCAGCUGAGGCAGGUGGUGCUGCUGGUGGGGGGAGUGAGAAGGGGGGCAUGAACGAUGGGGUGGCAGGGGCAGGGGCAGGGGCAGGUGUAGGGGCAGUGCAGGAGGCAGGCAAGAGGCUGGGGUCACAUGGAGGAGUGAGUCAGGCUCGUCACAACCUGGGCCCUGAUCUCGCCCACCCCUCCUAUUCCACCCGCAUCUCCUCCGGUACCUCUUCUUCCCCGUCUUCUGCCCGCCGCUCCAGUCUCUCAGAUGCACCUGGCAGCAGCAGCGCAGGCAUAGGGUUCACCGAGGGUACUCAUGCUGGGCCUGAUGGGGCUUCAGCUGCUGGUGCCUGGAGCAGUGAUGCUCCAGAGGGUGAUGGCAGCAGCAGGAGCACCAACAGCAGCAACAGCAGCAGCAGGAGUGCUGGUGGUGGUAAUGGCAGUGUGAGAAGCAGGGCUGGCAUGUACGGUGAGAGUGGUGCAGGCAAGGAUGGAGUAUCACCAGCAACAGACAGGCACACAGCUCGUGAAGGCAACGGGCAUGGGGGCAGGGGCGAUGUGCGGGGCAGUGGGAGGGAUGUGAUGGGUGGUGAGGUGGGCGGAUCAGGCCAGGGUGGGGAUGAUGAGCUGGAUGGUGUGGCUGCCACACUUGCCACGGGCGCAUCCAUCAGCCGCGUCAUUGGCCGGAGUGAGAGCACGAACUACCAGAGCAGAAGCAACGGUAACAGCAACGGCAACGGCUACGGCAACGGCAAUGGCAAUGGCAAUGGCGGCAGUACUUCGCACGAGUUUCCGGGUCGAAAUGUGGGGGACAGUGACAGUGAGAGUGAGAGCGAUGGGGAGGACGACGGUGGGAGCGAUCGAGGAUGUGAUCCCUGGGAAGAGGAUUGCCUUGCGAGCUGGGCAGCACUGGGAGACUUCCCUCCUGGUCCCUUUAUGCCACCUAACAUGCCCCCACCUCCUCCCUGGGCUCAAGGAGGCCGGUUCAAGCGCAGAGGCAUGUAGGUUAUAGACAUACCAGAAUUUGGGGCUGGGGGGAGAAAUAUAUUGCCUAUAUUUCUGUCCGCUACUCUACCCCGACGGUAUCAGCUGCGAGCUGCAGAAUUGAAUUCGGUGCAGUAGUGUUCAGAAAUUCCUACUUGAUAGGGUUGUGCUACACUCUCUCUGCUCCUUGAUUAUAUCG